AUGGCCUCUGCAGUGCCUACAGUAACCUUUGGCGACGCAUACUCGAGCCUCCAAGCCAACACCAUCAACGGCUCUGUCCACAUAGGACUCGACAACAGCCUCGGUCGUCUCCCGCAGGCUGCCGACGCGCCCUUUAACGCCUACGCGAAGCAGCAUGAGCCUGCCUGCCUCCCCGACACGCGCGUCGCGCUCCUGCGCGAGAUACACAGCUGGGUGGACGGCCAAGACGAGCGGCGCAUCUUCUGGCUGAGCGGGCUGGCGGGCACGGGCAAGUCGACAGUCGCCCGGACGGUGGCGCGCAGGUACCACGACAGGCAGCGUCUGGCAGCGAGCUUCUUCUUCUCGCGCGGCGGCGGCGACGUCGGCCAUGCAGGCAAGUUCGUGACGAGCAUCGCAGUGCAGCUCGCGCACAACGUGCCAGCGUUGCAGCAACACAUCAGCGACGCGGUCAAAGCGCGCAGCGACAUUGUCAGCCAGUCCCUGCGCGACCAGUGGCAGCACCUCGUCUGCGGCCCGCUGUCAAGGCUGCGCCAGCCGCAGCCAGGUCCAGGUCCAGUGCCAGAGACAUACAUGGUAGUCGUCGAUGCGCUCGACGAGUGCGACAAUGAGUACGACAUCCGCAUUGUCGUGCAGCUCCUGGCUGAGAUGCGGUCGUCGCUGACAGGAGUCCGGCUGCGGGUGUUCCUGACGAGCAGGCCAGAAGUGCCGAUCCGGCACGGGUUCGGGCAGAUGGCGGAUGCGGAGCACAAAGACGUUGUGCUACACAACAUAUCCCCGUCGAUUGUCGACCACGACAUAGCCACUUUCCUCGAGCACCACCUCAGGAUCAUCGCAAAGGAAUGCUAUCAGGCGGACGACUGGCCGGGCGCAGAAGCGAUCAGGCGGUUAGUGCAGAGUGCAAGCGGUCUGUUCAUCUGGGCUGCUACUGCCUGUCGCUUCAUCCAAGAGGGCGGACAGUUCGUAGCUGACCGCCUGCGCGCUAUUCUAAAGGACAAGCACUCGGCAGAUGACUCAACAAUCGACAGCUCGUCUAGCGACGAUUCUUGCAUAGGCCGUCACUUCGAGGUUCCACCUGAAAAGCGGUUAGAUAGCAUAUACCUUACAGUACUCAAGAGCCCUGCUCGCAGAUACAGAAAGCACGAAAGGAAAAUAUGGUACAAGCUGAUAAAAGAGGCACUAGGUGCGAUCGUGCUCCUGCAAUCGCCGCUUGCUGCGUCUUCCUUAGCCCGGCUACUCCGCGCACCUGAGGAGGAUGUUCAUCGAACACUGUAUGAACUGCACUCUAUCCUAGACGUCCCACACGAUCCGACCCGGGUAGUGCGUCUGCACCACCCUUCGUUCCGCGACUUCCUGCUCGACAGAAACAGAUGCGGCGACGACAACUUCUGGGUGGAUGAGAGCAGCACACACGAGAAGCUAGCGUCCUGCUGUCUUCAGCUCAUGUCUGCGCCCAACAGCCUUCGGCAGGACAUGUGCAGUCUUUUGAGCCCUGGAACACUAAGAAGAAAGAUAGAAGAGGAGACAGUGGCUACCAGCCUGCCGCCGGAGCUGCAGUAUGCGUGCCGCUACUGGGUCGAGCAUCUCGAGCGCAGCCAGCACAGCAUUACAGACGGAGAUGCAGUGCACGUCUUCCUCCAGACGCAUCUUCUGCACUGGCUCGAAGCGAUGAGUCUGAUAGGAGAGACAGAUCAGUGCGCGCGCUUGCUGGUGAGACUGCAGGUGCUGGCAACGUCACCUACAAGCGCGUGUGCAGACUUCCUCCGCGAUGCGAAUCGAUUUGUGCUGCGAUUCUGUUCGAUACUUGCAGAGGCGCCCUUGCAGGUGUACUCGUCAGCGCUUGUCUUCGCACCGGAGGCAAGCAUUGUCCGGAAGACGUUCUUUGGUCAGGUUCCACAGGAAGUGGAGAUGCUGUCAGAUAGAGAUGCAGACUGGGACGCGUGUCGCAGUGUGCUGGAGGGCCACUUAGGCGAUGUGACAGUGGUAGUGUUUUCGCCAGACGGACAGCUGGUCGCCUCAGCAUCCCGCGACGAGACAGUGCGAGUGUGGGAGACGACGACGGGCACAUGUCGCAGCGUGCUGGAGGGCCACUCAGACGAGGUCACGGCAGUGGCGUUCUCGCCAGACGGACAGCUAGUCGCCUCAGCAUCUGACGACCAGACAGUGCGAGUGUGGGAGACGGCGACAGGCACGUGUCGGUACGAGCUGGAGGGCCACACAGGCAGUGUCAGGGCGGUUGUGUUCUCGCCAGAUGGACAGCUAGUCGCCUCAGCAUCCUGGGACGAGACAGUGCGAGUGUGGGAGACGGCGACGGGCACGUGUCGGUACGAGCUGGAGGGCCAUACAGGCUGGGUCAGGGCGGUUGCGUUCUCGCCAGACGGACAGCUAGUCGCCUCAGCAUCUGAUGACAUGACAGUGCAAGUGUGGGGGACGGCGACGGGCACGUGUCGCAGCGUGCUGGAGGGCCACUCAGACGCUGUCACGGUAGUAGUGUUCUCGCCAGACGGACAGUUUCUCGCCUCAGCAUCCCGCGACGAGACAGUGCGAGUGUGGGAGACGGCGACGGGCACGUGUCGGUACGAGCUGGAGGGUCAUAUAGGCAGUGUCAGGGCGGUUGUGUUCUCGCCAGACGGACAGCUAGUCGCCUCAGCAUCUGACGACGAGACAGUGCGAGUGUGGGAGGCAGCGACAGGCACCUGUCGCAGCGAGCUGACGGGCCACUCAGGCGGUGUUAAUGCGGUGGUGUUCUCGCCAGACGGACGGCUGGUCGCCUCAGCAUCUGACGACGAGACAGUGGGAGUGUGGGAGGCAGCUACAGGCACGUGUCACAGCGUGCUGGAGGGCCAUACACGCUGGGUCAGGGCGGUUGUGUUCUCGCCAGACGGGCAGCUGGUCGCCUCAGCAUCUCGCGACAGGACAGUGCGAGUGUGGGAGACGGCGUUGGGCAAGUGUCGUAGCGAGCUGGAGAACCACUCAGACGCUGUCACGGCAGUGGUGUUCUCGCCAGACGGACAGCUGGUUGCCUUAGCAUCUGAUGACAGGACAGUGCGAGUGUCGGACACUGCGACGGGCAGGAGUCGCAGCAAGCUGACGGGCCACUUAGGUGGUGUUAAUGCGGUGGUGUUCUCGCCAGACGGACAGCUAGUCGUCUCAGCAUCUGACGACAUGACAGUGCGAGUGUGGGAGACGGCGACGGGCACGUGUCGGUACGAGCUGGAGGGCCAUACAGGCAGUGUCAGGGCGGUUGCGUUCUCGCCAGACGGACGGCUGGUCGGCUCAGCAUCUGACGACAUGACAGUGCGAGUGUGGGAGGCAGCGACAGGCACGUGUCGCAGCGUGCUGAAGGGCCAUUCAGGCUAUGUCAAUGCGGUGGUGUUCUCGCCAGACGGGCAGCUGGUCGCCUCAGCAUCCGACGACAUGACAGUGCGAGUGUGGGAGACGGCGACGGGCACGUGUCGGUACGAGCUGAAAGGCCAUUCAGGCUAUGUCAAUGCGGUGGUGUUCUCGCCAGACGGACAGCUGGUCGCCUCAGCAUCUGACGACAUGACAGUGCGAGUGUGGGAGGCAGCGACAGGUACGUGUCGCAGCGUGCUGGAGGGCCAUUCAGCCGACGUCAGUGCGGUGGUGUUCUCGCCAGACGGACAGCUAGUCGCCUCAGCAUCCUGGGACGAGACAGUGCGAGUGUGGGAGGCAGCGACAGGCACCUGUCGCAGCGAGCUGACGGGCCACUCAGGCGGUGUUAAUGCGGUGGUGUUCUCGCCAGACGGACAGCUGGUCGCCUCAGCAUCUGACGACAUGACAGUGCGAGUGUGGGAGACGGCGACGGGCAGCAGUCGGUACGAUCUCGAGGGCCAUACAGAGAGUGUCAGGGCGGUGGUGUUCUCGCCAGACGGACAGCUGGUUGCCUCAGCAUCUGACGACGAGACAGUGGGAAGGUGGGAGACGGCGACGGGCACGUGUCGCAGCGUGCUGGAGGGCCACUCAGACGAGGUCACGGCAGUGGCGUUCUCGCCAGACGGACAGCUGGUCGCCUCAGCAUCCCGCGACGAGACAGUGGGAGUGUGGGAAACGGCGACAGGCACGUGUCGCAGCGUGCUGGAGGGCCACUCAGACGAGGUCACGGCAGUGGCGUUUUCGCCAGACGGGCAGCUGGUCGCCUCAGCAUCCCGCGACGAGACAGUGCGAGUGUGGGAGGCAGCGACAGGCACGUGUCGCAACGUGCUGAAGGGCCAUACAGAGAGUGUCAAUGCGGUGGUGUUCUCGCCAGACGGACAGCUAGUCGCCUCAGCAUCUGACGAUGAGACAGUGCGAGUGUGGCAGACGGCGACGGGCACGUGUCGCAGCGUGCUUGGGGGCCACGGUGACUGGGUCAAAGUGGUAGUGUUUUCGCCAGAUGGACGGCUUCUCGCCUCAGCAUCCGACGAAGGGACAGUGCGAGUGUGGGAGACGGCGACAGGGACGUGUUGCAGUGAGCUGGAAGGUCCGUCUCCGUACGUUGACCAACUCGCUUUCUCGUUGGAUGGUCAGGUUCUACACACCAACGAAGGAGACAUACCGCUGCCUCCAGAACUCAACCCGACGUCGCCUCCUGAGCAGGAAGAGCAUCAUUCGCAGCUCUUAGUAGAGGACCAGUGGGUGUUGCGCAACACGAAACGCUUGUUGUGGCUGCCGUUCGAGUAUCGAUCAGAUAGCACGGCAACGUACGAAGACAAAGUCUGUGUUGGGUGUCCAUCAGGACGCGUGGCGCUGCUAAGGCUGCGACAGACGUGUGCGCAGGAGCAUCGUAAUUAG